CUAUAGACAGAACAGCAGUGCAGCACCUCCAUACAAUGCCAGUCGUGAACGUGUCGGUCAAGUGGGGCAAGCAAAAGUACGACGGCGUGCAGCUCGACACGAACGAGCCCGCGGCCGUCUUCAAGGCUCAGCUCUACACGCUCACAGGCGUUGAGCCCGAUCGCCAGAAAGUCAUGGUCAAGGGCGGCAUGCUCAAGGACGAUGAUGCAUGGGGCAAGUUUGACAUCAAGGAGGGUCACUCUUUCAUGCUGAUGGGCACGGCUGGUACGUUGCCAGCAGCUCCAGUGGAAAAGCCAGCCUUCAUUGAGGAUAUGAGCGAGGCCGAGAUCGCUCGCGCGUGUUGUGGCGCGUUACACAAUAGGCCCAAGCUCCCUGUCGGAUUGGUCAACAUGGGCAAUACCUGCUACAUGAACGCCACUGUUCAAUGUCUCCGAGCCGUUCCCGAGUUCCGUCAAGCACUCGAGCGCUUCGCCGGUGGUGCUUCCAACGAUGUCUCGCAAGCUGUCACCGUGGCCAUGCGCGAUCUGUAUCGUGACCUGGACCGAAGCGGAGACGCGGUGCAACCCUUCAUGUUUUUGAACACAUUGCAUCGCGCCGUGCCCAGCUUUGCCCAGCUGUCGCAGCAGCAUCAGCUGCAGCAGCAGGACGCCCAGGAGUGCUGGGUUGAGCUGCUUCGGUUCUUUGGCCACCAGCUCCCGCAAGUCUCGUCGAACGGCGCGAUCGAACCGGCUUCGCAGCGCAGCAAUUUCAUUCAGCAGCACUUUGGCGGCCAGCUGCAGGCGCGCAUCAGCAACACGGAGAUUCCGGAGGAGCCCUCUGAGACCACCACCGAGAGUUUCCUCCAGCUGCAAUGCCACAUCUCGGCUGAAGUCAACUUCCUCUCACUUGGCCUCCGCAACUCGCUCACCGAAACGCUGACCAAGAACUCGUCGUCCGUCAACCGAGACUGUGUGUAUCGCAAGCUCUCGCAAAUCUCCCGACUUCCUUCGUACCUGACUGUGAACAUGGUUCGGUUUGAAUGGAAGGGAUCCUCUGGAGCCAAGAUCUUGCGUAACGUCAAGUUUGACGCCUACCUCGACGUGUUUGAACUUUGCACCCCCGAGCUGCAGGAGCGUCUCAAGCCGAUGCGCACAAAGUUCAAGGCCUACGACGAUGCUGCGAUCGAAAAGUCGCGGAGCCUGAAAAACUCUGGCGGUGUUCAAAGCAUGGACACGAGCAAGGAUGAAGUGGUGCAGUACGAGCCGAGCUCCUUCGAGGACGACAUUGGCUCGAACAACUCUGGUUACUACGAAUUGCAGGCGGUGCUGAGCCACAAGGGACGUUCCGCCAACUCUGGCCAUUACCUUGGCUGGGUUCGUCAGAACGACGGCACAUGGCUCAAGUUUGACGACGACACCGUGUAUCCCGUCAACAUGGACGAAGUGUUGAAGCUCUCCGGCGGCGGUGACUGGCACAUGGGAUACAUGCUCUUGUACGGACCGCGCCGACUUCCCAAGGCUUGA